AUGGACUCUUUUUCUAAAAGCACCAGUGGGUUCGACCAUUGGGUGCGUAAUCAUUACCAACAUGUGGACGAGAACAUAGAAAUAGCCGAUCUCAGAUCGUCUGGCGAAGGUCGUGCGCUUCGUGCAACGGGAGAUAUCAAGAAAGACACAGUUUUGUUUCGUCUGGCUAGAGAUCAUAUCAUUAAUGUGCGUACGGCAGCCCUGGGUAAGUUGAAAUUGUCCAACAUCGAGGUCUUGGAGUCUCUUAACCAAUGGGAAGCGUUGAUUUUGUGUUUGGGGUAUGAGAUGUUAUUAGGUGAGGAAUCUCAGUGGAGUUCCUAUUUGCAGGUUUUACCUGAAAAAUUCAACUCCUUGAUGUUUUGGUCGGACGACGAGCUCGCAAUGUUGAAGCCUUCGAACGUCCUUACUAGAAUCGGUCGCGAUCAGGCCGAACGCAUGCAUGCUCGACUUGUUCCAGACAUGUGUGUUCGACUUGGAAGCCAAAAAUUGGCGGAUUUUCUCACUCUUGAAAAAUUCCAUAUGGUUGCAAGCAUAAUCAUGAGCUAUUCUUUCGACGUGGACGAUCCAGAGGACGACGACGUGGAUGAAGAAGAAGAAGAGGUGAACGAGUUUUUGGCCGAGGAACACGACGGACUCAAGUUCGACGGGUAUUUGAAGAGCAUGGUUCCUCUUGCCGAUACGCUCAAUUCCAACACCAAUCUGGUGAACGCUAAUCUGAGUUAUGAAAACGAUGUUCUUGUCAUGACCGCCACCAAGGACAUCAAGAAGGGCGAGCAGAUCUUUAACAUCUAUGGCGAGCUGCCAAACUCGGAGAUCUUGAGAAAAUACGGCUAUGUUGAGGUGCCUGCUUCCAAAUACGACUUUGCGGAAUUAAGUUUGUCUGUAAUUAAACAGACUUUUGUGGGAAAGUACCUGUCGCAAUUUGACAACGAGGUUCGCGAGUCUCUGUUUGACAAGGUGGUUGCAUUUGUUGGCGAGUCGGAGUAUUUGGAAGAAACGCUGGAGGACCAAGAAGGGGGAAUCGUUUUGGACGCCUACGAGGUGUUCAACGACGCAGACGUUUUGCCGGAGCUUGUGUUGUUGAUCCAGAUUUUGACCACGGUUUAUGAGAGUUUUGAGUCGGACGCCAAAUGGGCCAAGAAGCUGACAAAAUCCCGGUCAGAGUUGGACGCGUUUGUCAACAGAUGCAUUUUGAAAUCGUUCCAACUGCUGGAAAAGACUAUGAUCACCAAGAACUGUGUCAUAAACCUUCACCAAUGCGUUCAACAACGCAUAGCCGAGUACGGCGAGGCAAAAAAUUAUGAGAUUCCAGAAACCGCAGGAGAGUUGAGUCGUUCCCAGAUGGCUGCCAUUGUGCUGAAAUGCGAGAUUGUUUGCCUGCAAACAGUUUUGCAAAAAUUCCCAGCCAAGCUCGAGCAGAUCGACGACUCCAAGUUGUUGAAGAACGUGCUUAAACGUAAAUCCGACUCGGAAGAGAAGAAGUCAAAGAAACGCAAGGCUUAG